AUGAAAAUUAUCUACGAGUAUAAAAAGGAGCACUACGAAUUGGAGGUCGACGAGCGGAAUGCAGACGAUUACAUCAUCGACGCCUUAGAAAAAAAUUCGAAAAAGCGUAACAGCGAUGAUUCCCUUUACGACAGUGAGACGCAGGUCGAGUUUCUUAACUUCUUGCAGUUCCACACAGAACGUGGAACGAAUUUUGCAUAUAAGGAAGGAAAUGGAAGCAGAAGGCAAGUGGGAAAAAGUACCCAGGUGUGUAGCGAUGAUCAAGGGGAAAAUAAAUCGUUGCUAAUGUAUGUCGACUAUUUCGAGAAGGCAGGUUACAUAGUGAGGAGGGGAGAUAUUUAUGGAGCACAUUUUUUACUUUACCUAGACGGUGAACAAUAUACUCACGCUGUUUACGUUGUGUAUAGCGUGCGUAGAGACCAUGUGAUUAGAGAUCUCAUUCGCAUGUUGAGGGUAUCACGUAGCGUGAAAAAAAACGUCAUCUUAAUAUUGCGGACAGGGAGAGAAACAUCAGAUCUGUCAGAUAACAUCGUUUACGUGAAGGUUUACUCUUAUAAAUAG